AAAAAAGAAUAAAAAAAACUAAACAAAAACAAACACGCCGCGUGCUGAUUUUAAUUCAUGUUUUUGCUUGAUUUUGUGAAUGGGAAGUCAAUAAAAAAAAAGAACGUUAGAAAUAAUAAUUUUGGUGUGUGCUUUCUCGUUAUAAAAAUGGAAGAGGAUAUAGCAAAAUGUCACUUUAUACCUAUGAGUACAAUGAAAAGAGUACUAAACCUGCUAGAAAACCAAACAACAGAGCCAAAUAGACGCUGUAAACGAAACCUCCUUGAGUUGCAAUCACAGAGUAAAGUAUCUAAUGCCAUAAACAGAAAGAAAUGGAGGACACAGUACAAGCUAGCUCUAGGUAGAGCAGUGUACUCACAUGAUUGGGAUAAACUCCUGUUCCUGUUGAAGAAAUCACCUCCAUGGGAACAUGACAUUAAAUUGGAUUUUGAUUUUUAUAUAAGGGCAUUGACAAUACUUCUGAUGAACCAUCCAAGUGCUAGAGCCCAAGGAUUGCUUAAUGAUUACCUUCACAUGGUUCUAUCAUGUCGGUCUGAUGAGGAUAAGAAGGCGGUUCUAAAAGUAGUUCUCUCGUUGCCCAAGAAAAUAGUGUGUAUGAAUAAACACUGACUAGAAAUUACUUUUGUUAGGGCCUGUCUCCACUAGCUGAUAAAUAUAGUUCGGAAAUUCGGUGUCUCAUUUACCUGAACUUGACAGUAAAUUGUAUAUGUAUAGAGUUGAUAUUACUCUUCACAACCUUACCUGACUUCUUAACACUGACUUACAUUAUAUUGUGACUGUACCUACCUAUCCUAAGUAAAUAAAUGAUUUCCAAUAUCUUCAGAUGGCAAUAA